AUGACUACAACUAGGUUUGAAAUUGAAAAGUUUGAUGGAAAGACAGAUUUUGAAUUGUGGAAAGCUAAGAUCAAGGCAGUAUUGGGACAACAAAAGGCACUUCUGGCCAUCACAGACCUAACAAAGUACCCUAAAACAUUCACAGAUGUAGAAAAAGAGAUAAUAGAGGUAAAUGCCUAUGGAACUAUUGUUUUAAAUGUUACAGAUAAUGUUUUAAGGCAAAUAGUUGACCGGCAAACUGCUUUUGAUCUUUGGAACAAAUUAAAUGAGAUUUAUCUCAACAAAGAUCUUCUUAAUAAAGCUUUCUCGAGGAAAAGAUUUUUCACAUAUAAAAUGGAUUAUGCAAAAUCCCUCACUGAAAAUUUGAAUGAAUUCAAGAGACUGUCAUUAGAAUUCAGAUCAAUAGGAGACAACAUUGGGGAAGAAAAUGAGGUCUUUAUCCUACUAAACUCCUUACCAGACUCGUUUAAAGAUGUUAAAGCAACAAUGAAGUAUGGUAGAAAAAGAUCACCACAGAAGCAAUUAUUUCAACAGUAA